GAAGAAUCGAAAUAUAUGAAAAUAACCUCUAAAGUCGAAUUUUCGAAGCAAUCUUUUUUCGAAAAAUCAACCAAGAAAGCGCACGUGAAAUUACGAAAUUACUUUUAUCGCCAUAAAACUCUUUUUUAAAUCACACGCAGUCUAUUCGAACAAAAUGGCGGAACCGAAUUUAACCAAACCCCUAUCCCAGAAAAUCGGCUUCAUCGGGGGUGGAAACAUGGCAAAGGCCAUAUGCGAAGGAUUAGUAUCUAAAGGCCUAAUCCCCUACGAACAAAUCCACGUAUCAGGCCCGAGACUCGACAAUCUCACCUGGUGGUCCCAAAAAGGCUGCAAAGUGUUCGAACACAACGGUUACUUAAUAGAAACCACCGAUGUUAUAUUCAUAUGCGUAAAACCCCAUAUACUCCAAACAGCCAUCGAUGAUAUAAAUAAAACCCACAAACCCGAUCAAUUCCAAUCGAAACUCUACAUAUCAAUACUAGCAGGAGUAACACUACAACAAUUGGCUUCUAAAUUACACCCUUACAACGCUAGAAUAAUCAGAACGAUGCCCAACACCCCUAUGACAGUAGGAGAAGGUUGUACGUUAUACACCCCUCACUCAACAGCCACUAAAACCGAUAUAGAGCUGCUCAAUCGAAUGCUCUCAUCGACUGGAUUAUGCAGGGAAAUCCCAGAGCAUUUAAUCGAUACGGCCGGAGCUCUCACGGGCAGCGGACCGGCCUUCGUCUAUAUGAUGCUCGAAGCCCUCGCUGAUGGGGCCGUUUUCAUGGGCCUGCCCAGGGCUUGGGCUACCGAAUUCGCCGCCCAGAUGGCGUUGGGGGCGGCGAAAAUGGCGAGGGAUUCGACCAAGCACACGGGGCAGUUGAAAGAUGAAGUAUGUUCGCCGGGGGGGAGCACCAUUCGAGGGGUGAGGGCUUUGGAGGAGCACAAUAUGAGGGCUGCUUUUAUGGAUGCUAUCGAGAAGGCGGCCUUGAGGUCUGCGGAGAUCGGAAAGGCCGGUCAGUGAUGUUAAUGGCUGUGUUGGUUGAUGGGGAAGAGGCCGGUUUGGAUUGGUGUGUGAUAAGUUUUUUUUUGUUGUGUUUUGGGGUGGUUUAAAUGGGGCGUUGAAGGAAUAGUUUGGAAUGUUUAGUUCCUUUGAUUUUUUUCUAAUAUGUGUGUUGUAAAUGGCUCUAGAACGUUUUAAAUGGUUCUGGAGAGUUUUAAAUGAUUCUAGACAGUUUUAAAUAAUCCUGGAACGUUUUAAAUAGUUCUAAACAGUUUUAAAUGGUUCUAGACAGUUUUAAAUGAUCCUGAAAAGUUUUAAAUAGUUCUAGACAGUUUUAAAUAGUUCUAGACGAUUCUUUAUAAUUUGUUUCCAAUGCGUUUCUUUUUUUUUUGAUUCGAUAGCAGAGUGAGAAUAAGAAUAAAUCGUUUAUUUAUUUUUUAUAUUUAGCUUUAUUAUCUCAAUUCAGUUUUAUACAAUCUUAAUUAUUAACAUUAUAUUUAUAAUACCCGUAUUUUUUUCUCAGUAAUUUUUUAAUCGCUCCGGGUGAAUUAUGGAAGAAUUAUAUUCAAAUUAAUUCCACGGAAGAGUAAAUUUGGAAAUCAAAGAAUUUUUUCUUUAAGGGGGGGACGUUUCGUUGAAUUUUUUCCAGGCACACCGAGAUACUUUUAGGCCAAAUGUGUUCCAAUCGAUAAUAGAGCGAAAAUUAAAAUUAAUAUAAUAAAAUUUU